GUUGCAGUGGGUUCAAAUGGACCUAACGAUCGCAGCGGGGCUGAAUUGGCUGAGCCAUUUCUAUAUGCAGUAUUUCCCCGGAUUAAUUGCAUGACUUUUCCAUACCAUUGUCUCAUAAUCAGACCACUUUUACGAUAUCACGGUGCGUGUUGCAGGUCUUGGCCAUGCAGCCUUACUUUGGUUUGCGCGGUGCGCUUCUAAAUCGGGCCAUCAUCUGGCUCGUCGUUUGCCCAGCAUUCGUCUGUUAUGGCUACAACCAGGGUGUCACCGGUGGGCUGUUGACCCUGGCAUCGUUCGCCAGACAGUUUCCCCAGAUGAACACCCUGACCACUGAGGGUGCCGAGCAGCAUUAUAACUCCACUAUUCAAGGAACGGUGGUCGCAUUGUAUACCGUGGGAGGUAUUUUCGGAUCCCUGUCAUGCAUUUACCUGGGUGACCUGCUUGGGCGCCGGCGCGUCAUUUUCAUUACCUCGUUCAUCUCCCUUGUCGGAGCCGUUCUCAUGGCGAGCUCGUUCCAAAUGGCUCAAUUCAUUGUCGCCCGUCUGGUGCUGGGUGUGGGUACCGGCGGCUAUGUUGCAACUGUACCUGUGUGGCAGGCCGAGAUUUCCCAGGCUAAGAAGCGUGGCGCCCACGUCGCAACGGACGGCAUUUUCAUCGGUGCAGGCAUCGCGAUAUCCUUGUGGAUAGACUUCGGCUUCUACUUCGUGGAUGGCAACUCGGUCUCAUGGCGAUUCCCACUAGCUUUCCAGGUUGUUCUAUCGAUAGCAGUCAUGAUAUUCAUCACAAUCUUCCCCGAGUCCCCCCGAUGGCUUGUCAAGAAGGGGCGAAAGGAGGAAGCACGCGAGAUUUUGGCUGCGUUAGCCGACCAGGACCCCCAUUCGGAGAGUAUCAACACAGCUCUCGCCGACAUUGAGCGAUCCCUGGCCAUCUCUGGCUCCGGGUCUUGGAAGGACAUGUUGACAAUGGGCGAGCAACGGUUGUUCCAUCGGACGAUUCUUGCCGCCACCGGACAAAUGUUCCAGCAGAUGUGCGGAAUCAAUCUGAUCACCUUCUACGCCACCACCAUCUUCGAACAGUAUCUCGGUCUCAACCCGUUACAGUCUCGGAUCCUUGCGGCAUCCAUGACUCUCACCCAGCCUCUCGGCGGAUUCUUGGCUUUCUUCACCAUCGACCGGUUGGGCCGACGACCGCUGAUGCUGUGGAGUGCGGCGGGCAUGUCGAUAAGUAUGGCGAUAUUGGGCGGCACCACAUCGGUGACCGACAACACAGGCACCCUGGUGACGGCUGUGGUGUUCCUGUUCGUCUUCGAGUUCAUCUUCACCGUGGGUUACUCCGGAUUGACCUUCCUGUAUGCCACAGAGGUGGCUCCGCUGCAGCUGCGGGCCGCCAUCAGCGCGGUCUCCACUGCCGCUGUCUGGACUUUCAACUUCCUUCUGGCGGAAGUAACACCAGUCGGCUUCAAUACCAUCUCCUACAAGUACUAUAUCAUCUUCGCCGUGUUGAACGCGGCCAUUGUACCGGUGGUAUACUUUUUCUUCCCAGAGACCAACGGACGGACCCUGGAAGAGAUCGACGAGAUAUUCCUGCAGUCGAAGACUGUUUUCGACCCGCCUCGUCUGGCGCGGACGCUGCCCAAAAUGCAUCUCGCCCAAGAUGUCGAACCCGAGGCAGGGAAUGAAUCAGGGGAUAGCGUUGUGAAGGACAAGAUGUAAAUGAAGGCAAUCGAUUCUUCGCAAGUGGUGGAGAAAUGAAAUUACUAUUGACGGAUAGUGUAUGAUCAACAUGAUACUUGCUAGUUCCAAUACGGAUGAUCGGCUCCUCGGGCCGUUAGGGUUAAAUUGAAGAUAUU